UCCCGCGGCUGUUUUUGACGCCAGCGACAGUGGCGAGUGACAAUGAAAAUGCUCCGGCGACGCCGAGACAGCAAAGAAGAGAACAGCGGCGUUGACGAUGGCAACGAUCUGAUGAUGACGGGGGAGGAUAGGCGACGGCGAGGGUUGUUGUAGCGGCUGUUUAGUGGUUCACUAACUAUUUCGCUUUGUAAGGAAUUUAAAUUUUAGAUUCUUAAAUCAAAACACUAUGUAUGGAUGGUAUGAACUGCCUAAAAGGGAAAUUUAUUGAGCAAAUAAAACUUCUUCAAUAAACUUAUAAAUUUUUUUUUUUUUUAAUUUUGAUGAGAUACUAAAAGAAAAUAAAUAGAGUAAGAGUAAGGUUCAAUUAGUAUCGAAAGGGUUUGCAUGAUAUUUAAUUUACAGAAAUAUCAAUUAUGUCAUCUGGGAAAUCGGGGGAUUCACUCUUUCUUGUAACUUUAAAAGUAUUGAUGCUAUUGAAGGACCCGGUGUUCUGAAUCAAUACAAUGAAGUUCAUUUUUCUAAAAAUCAUCACAUCAGAAAAGGGUGGAAUGGAGUUUUUUGAAAUAUCCCUAAAAAUUCGGUUUUGUCAUGUUUAUGAAAAAAGUAUUAUGAUUAUUAAGAACUCAACAGGACCUUCCCCUAAUCUACGCCAAAAUUAGUGAUAGUGGUUUCUGUUUAAUUGUUGAAACAGGAUGAGUGCAGAGGAAAAAUUCAGGAUUGUGAGGAGUAUCGGAGAGGAGUGCAUACAAGAAGAUGAGCUCUUUAACCUUCUCUCCAAGAAGCCCCAACCCAUUUGCUAUGAUGGGUUUGAACCCUCCGGCCGAAUGCAUAUUGCUCAGGGAGUUAUGAAGAUUAUUAGUAUAAACAAACUGAUUUCUGCUGGUUGCAAAGUAAAGAUCUGGAUUGCAGAUCGGUUUGCACUGCUAAACAACAAAAUGGGGGGUGACUUGAAAAAGAGUCAAACUGUUGGAUGUUAUAUGAUUGAGGUAUGGAAAGCUUUCGGGUUAAAUCCUGAAGGUGGUGAAAUAGAAUUUUUAUGGUUCUCUAAAGAAAUUAAUUCCCGGGCAGUUGAGUAUUGGGAUCUAGUAACAGAUAUUGCUACAAGGAUAACACUUGCUAGGACUUUGAGGUGUGUUCAGAUCAUGGGUCGUAAAGAGCAAGAAGAUUUGACAGCAGCCCAGAUUAUGUACCCUUGCAUGCAAUGUGCUGACAUAUUUUUCCUUGAGGCUGACAUUUGUCAAUUGGGCAUGGAUCAGCGGAAAGUGAAUAUGCUUGCAAGGGAAUAUUGUGAUGAUAUUAAGAGGAUAAACAAGCCUAUCAUAUUGUCUCAUCACAUGCUUCCUGGUUUGAAGGAGGGGCAAGAGAAGAUGUCAAAAAGUGACCCAGACUCAUCCAUCUUCAUGGAUGAUAAUGAGGCUCGUGUAAAUGAGAAGAUAAAGCGAGCUUUCUGUAAGGAAAAAGACGUUGAGGGGAACCCAUGUCUAGAGUACAUCAAAUACCUUAUCUUUCCAUGGUUUCAUGAGUUCAGGGUUGAGCGUAGUGCAAAAAAUGGUGGUCAAAAGACUUUCAGCAAUUUCGAAGAACUGGUUGCUGACUACCAAAGUGGGAAAUUGCAUCCUGGAGACUUGAAACCUGCUUUAUCCAAAGCAUUGAAUAAGAUACUGCAGCCAGUUCGCUAUCACUUUAUUAGUGAUGCCAAUCUCAAGGAGCUACUGGAAACAGUGAGGAGACUGUAGAUCUCAUCGACUGUUUCUUUUAAUGUAGGGCUACAGAAUUACCAGAUGACGCCGAUUGGAAUUUGCACCCCAUUUUCCCCUGCGCAGCUAUAUAUCAAUGCAGAACUAGAUUGAAUUUUGCUUUUGCCAUACUCAAAACAAUACAUAUGUACAUUAGGAUAUUAGGUUACUUACCUGUGCGUUUUUGAGUGCCAUUUCCAUAGCCUGAUUGUUGUCCUUGCCAGAAAGAAAAUAUGGCUUUUUAUUGGUCUUUAAUAUUGCAUUUUUCGAACAGAAUUUCAUUUAGAUUAGUAAAAAUGGAUUCAUGUGGUUGUUUUUAUAUAUUUGCGACAAGUCUUGUUGAGUUGGUUCAGUUUAAAUGCUGUGAUAUAGAUGAAAUAUUUUGAUUGUUUCAAUUUAUUCUAUUAGUGUCGGUUUGACCAUUUUAAUGGACAACUCUGUUUUGGUGGAAA